UGCUAAAAUCGAAUAAGUUUAAUGGAGUAAUAAAAAAAACUGCAGCACAAACGCAGUGAAUAGAGGGAUUAAAAAGUGAAAAAGUGAUCUCAGAAAUUGCCUAAGAAAGUUAUAAGAUAUUAAAAGUCAAUUACUGUUAUACAUGACAAUAUAUACGCCCAAGUGAAUUUAAUUAAAACGGAAUAAAACAAAGAAGUGCUUUUAGCACGUAAAUAAAUAAAAAAAUAACAACAAAGCAAAUUCGCAUAAAUCGAAGACCAUAAAUAUCUGUUCUGUUUCCAAAAAUGUGAAUUUUUCAAUUUUGUUGAUAACAACAAAGUGUGUCACACAAAAUUUUUUGGUGAUAUUUACGUUGCAACAGACAGUUAUGUUGGAGGUUGUAAUGAAGUGCAUGCUACUGCCACAUCUUUAUUACUGGCUAGUCUUCGGAGAACACUUUUGUUUCCCUGGUGUGUGUGAGAUUGUGUUCUUCGUUUAAUUCUUGUUUGGCUUAUCAUUUGAGUUACCCUUGCUGGCUGCCAUGGAAUCUAUUUAUACUGCCACUCAUCUGGUUUAUCAUGGAGAAUAUGAGCUUCUGUUCGAUACACUGCAACUCAUCUGGCAUAAUUACAUGCAGGAAACAGCAAUCAGCGAAGGAGAUGUAGAUGUCAAGCAACACUGGUUACAGCUAUUUUUAUACAAUUUUCAAUUUGUCCCUAAGGAAUUGUUGGAGGAUGAGGCUUUUAAAAGUUUCUUCAAUCCCAUACCUGAAGAAAUAUGCUCAUAUUUGUUGGAACAAGUUUAUGAUAUAAUAAGUAAAUCUGAUCUCUAUGCGCCCUCUUUGACGGAUGUAGAGCCAACUCGCAUCGAUCUUGAGGACAGCGACAGCGAGAAGCCACAACAGCAGCAGCAACAAACACAGGAGAAGAACAAACACUUAUUCCAACUUUUAAAAAAGAAUCACAAUUUUGCUCAGUUGAUCCUUAAGCAGCCAAGUGAUUGCAGUAAAAUAUUGGCAUUGCGACAAUUUCUAACCCACCAAUUGGGUCAACAUUUGUUGGAGUUCUUAUUGAAGAUUGAUGUCAAGUUAAUAGCCUCCCAAAGCAGCCUUUGCAAUUUGUGCAUAAAUCUGUUUCCCAAUUGUCCCUGGGAUCAACAAGCGCUGAGGCUAAAAGAUGAACAUAACAUAUUUGCCUUUAUAGGAGACCUGCAAUUGCUGCAGAAACACCGAAACAAAAGCUUUACCGAGGAACAUGACCAGGCAAUUCGUGACAAACAGUUUGAGUACUUUCCCUCACCACAGAGAAUUCGUGAUUUUCUAGCAUUUCAAAGCACUACUAAGACUAGUGAUGAAAUUGCCGUAUGCUUGAUACAGCUGCUCAUGAAAUGCAUAGACAGUGAAAUGCAAUCAUUGCAUUCGGAUCAUUCGGUGUUCAUGUUGAUACUGAAUUUCAGUCUGGAUUGCUUAAGAGUGGAAAAUGGUUCGUUUUCAUCCAUCGAAAAUGCCAACAUCAUAAAGUGUUACCUGGUGAAACUGAACGAGCAGUGUUUGAGUAAUUUAUUCGCCCUGACUGACCAUGCGCUUAGCGACUUGCAGUUCCAGUGCAUUUUCGCCAAACUCAUUGCAGCUUUGGAGAGCAACACUCACAUGCCCAAAUUGUUGUAUGCUAUCAUCUAUCUCAUCUUUGCUAUUCUGCAAAAUGUGGUUUGUAUUUAUUCGCAAAAGACGGUGUGGAACGCCAAAAUCAAUCUCUACAGCAUGAAGUUCAUUGAUGAAACCGUUAUAGACACUUGCCUCAGCGUCUUGGAUGACUUGCUGCAAUAUCACAAGCCUGAAGAGGCAGAUGUAAGAGCCUUAUUUCACAUCAUAUUUCGUUGCCUCUUGAAAAUAGUGGAGAACCUGAAGAGAUACGAUCUGAUAAUGUGCUCGUCUUCAAGCAAUUCUUAUUCGACCUUAAAUCACAACUCGGGCAAAUCUGUUCCUUUGCGUUAUCGCAAGGUUAAAACUAGACAAGCCCAUUGUCUGCAGUCAUUGCCCCGACUAACAUGUUACUUUCAAAACAUUCUAAUCACUUUGUUGCCAGCUCUACCCAGGGAACUGCAGGAGCACUCCAUGCUGUACUUGGCCAGAUCCGGUCUGUGUUGUUGUCACUAUAAGUUAUCGUUGUUCAACACCAUAUUGAAUACCGUUUUCAACCUCUCCACCUAUUAUCAGAAGUGUGCCUACAAAUUCUUGUAUUACAAACUUAUUUCUACGAUAUUUUUGCGUUGCCCCUUGGAGCAGGUAAAUAAUGCAGCAAAAAAAUCCAACAUAAACAGUUGUGCCAAAUGUGAUGCUAAACUGAAAUCCUCGGAAUUUCAUGAGGGACUGUUGCAGAUUUACAAAACCUUUUAUGGCAAACUAAUCAAUGUCGAAGAGGAUCGCACGAACCUGUUGUUUUUCCUGAAGCAUCUCAAGCAUUUGUCUCAUCUACUAACGAAUGAUAUAGCCUCGGGAGUGAUAGCCGAAAUUGUACUUCCUAUAUUUCGCAGCUAUAAAUUGAAACUCUUUGCCCAGAAAGACUCCAAGUCCGAUUCGCCUCAGCACACCUUAAAGUUUUGGCAACGACCGUCCACAUCACCUGAUCACCAACAAAGGCUGGCGAAAUACCCCGAGUUGCAUUUGAACAUUGAAAGCAAUGCCUUGCUUAAAGAAGAAUACAAUAAACUUCUAAACGAAUGCUUGAGCAUAUUUUCCAUGUACCUUCGGGAUAUACGAUUGAUUAAGGCCUUUUACAAUGAGGAGAAUAUUAGACAUUUGGAGGAACUGCUGGAGGAACCAUAUCUAAUACGUGGUGUUUGUGAUCUCAUCAAAAUCGGCAUUGACAAUAUAACCUUUCUUGGCGAUACCAAUCAAGAGCAGAUCAUACUAAGUCGCAGACUUAUAACAUUGCAAUUUAAUAGCUCUGAAAGGGCCCAUGUUCUCUUCAACAGCCUAAUACAGAGAGUCAAACGUAUCGAGUCUGUCAAUAGCAGCGUUUUUUGGCUAGACACCGGUUAUAGUUUAUCCUCGUGCAACAGCAACAGCAACAGCAGCAACAACAACCACCAACAUUUGAAACUAAAAACUGUCGAUAUUUUACACAUAGUCGCCCUGCAAUGGACUCUCAAUUAUGAACUGCUGAAAACUAGUCAAUAUUUCUACAAUGAGUUUGCCAAAAUCUAUUCCAUAGCCCACGAAGAAGACGAAGACGAUGAGCAUGUAAGGGAAAGUGAAGAGGAUAAAUCUUCACUGGGCACCGAAAUUAAUUCCAAUAUUACACUUAAACCAGGCGACAAAACAAUUCUGGAUAUUCUGCAAUUGAAUUAUAAUGCGCUUAACGCUUUUCUAAUGUUGGCACCCAAACGCACAGCUACAAAAUGCACAAAGGCCGCAAAUGUAGACAAAGAUUUUGAUUCAUCUUGGGAGUUGAUAGAGAAUUUCAUAAAUGCCAUACAAGAUUCAAAGGCAACAACGUCAUCGCUUUCGAUUUCCUCCAUAUCAUCGGCUACUUGGGACAGCUCAUCUGCGGGCAGUAUAACAACUUUGUGCGAAACCGCAGCAUUCAAUAGUUUGUAUUCUAGGGAGGAAGAAGCAACUACAUCACCAUUUCAUACGGCAGUGACAUGUGAACGGUCCCAGUCUUGUAAAUCUCAAUCGUUUCUCAAGCAAUUGCAGGAGGUGGAAGACUUGGCUGAAAAUCCACUCAACGAAAGUAUUACGCUAUUCGAUAUAAGAAACCAAAAGCAUAUGUUAAAUGACUACAAAUACCACCACCUCCACCUCCACCGCCAUCAUCACAAUCACAUUAUUCAAAGUCAAGAAAACGAAUGCCCCACGUCAAUGCAACAAGCUCUCUACAGGCGCCACAGCUUUUCGCCCAGUGACACCAAAACCAUAACCACUGCCACUGCAGCAGCAGCAGCUGCGGCAACACUUAAUGGUGGAACCACAUCGUCCAGUGUUGGUAUUAUAAAUAAACUUUUCCACAUAUUCGGUUCAAUUUUCUCUGGCAGCCGCUCAAACUCAUUUCUGGACUUGCACAAAUCAACCGAGGAGUCACCGAAAGAGAUCGAAAUUGAUGACGACUUACUGCCAUUGUUUGAUACACGCGGUGAUUGUAAGAAGUUGCUGUUGAAACUCUUCGAAGCCACCAUGGCCAUAUGUGUUAAGGGCUAUCAGAAUGAAGAAGUGGAAAAGAUGCAGAAGCAUUUACGCAAAUUAAAAACCGUAAUAUUGGCAAAUGCCACCAGCAAUUGGGAACAACAUGCCGAAGAGCAUAAUCGUGAAAAUACAGUGCUACAAACGUUGCAAUGUCUUUUGAAAAUAGCCGAACUUUCGAACAUGAACCAUGAACCGGCUGCGGUGGUGGUAAGCACCAGCAACCUAACAUCGCCAACAGAUGAACAACACACAGAACAUUAUGAUUUGAGGGCUAGGAGAAAGUCAUGCAAUAGUGCCCGCAUGUGCAGUCAUGGCCUAUCGUAUAACUACCCGCUGCUGUCCACUGGAUUACCUAGUAAAAACGCACUCAUUACACCCAUUACACCGUCACACACACGACCUCUGUCGGGUGAUAGCUGUGAUGCAGAUUACUUUUCAACCAGGGCCUCUGUGGCUUGUUGUCCAGAUAGUGAGUUGGAGCUUAGCGAGAAUGAACUAGACGAUUUUUAUCUGACCGCCGACGAAGGUUACGAAGCAGAUGGGGAAAUUCAAGACCUGUCCGAAACGGAAGUCCUCUCAGAUGUUGGCGAAUUGUGGCAUGCAUUUCAACCCUCUUCUCGCUAUCGCACACACAUACUGCACGAAGGUAUUUGUCGGCUGGUCAUCGAUAUCCUAAUCGAACUGAGUCAGAAAUGUUGUGAAACCCCUGGUGGUUGGUGCGAUAAUUUAGCACAGUUGGUGAACCGUCUUUUUGUGAUACGUGAAUAUUUGGGUGGACCAUUGUUUCUGCUCCAAGGAUUUGCUCCGAUUUUAAAGUGCAACGAUGCCCGUCUCCGCGAACUGCAGCAAUGCAUUUUGGAAUUGAUAGUGGAUUUGAAUUCGCCAGAAGUAUUAUCGGUAUUUUUCAGUAUAUUAUCUUCGAGAAACCCUCCGGUUGAUAUACUGCUAAAGUAUAUGCAUUAUAUAUGCUCCAAUACGUUGAAAAAAUGCCAAGCCAGUGUGGAACUAGAAUUUCCCAUCAAUAAUGAUGACAUUUGCAUAUCUGCAGCUGAGAAGGAGAUUACGGAAGCCAUUGAACGUAAACGUUUCUUUCAACUAUCACGCAAAGUUUGUACUCCGCUUACACGUUCCCCUUGCAUACUGCCUAUAACACAUGCACGUUUGUGGACUCCAGAGGGAUUUACUAUUUCGUUGUGGCUAUAUGCUAAGGGUUCACAGAAUCAUAAAAGUACCAGCCAGAUAAUUGACGAUGAUACACGAUCUUCGAAUGAUAUAUACACGAAAACCCACAUUCUGUCAAUCGGCACCAACCAAGCUAUGCUGAGCAUCUAUUUAAGCAAUAGUAUGCACUUGGUAUUUGAAACUUAUAAACCGAAUGCCGAAAUCAAUCGAAAUGCCAAUGCAACAAUUGAUGAAACUAAUGAAACCAAACAAGAUGAUGCUGCUAAUGCUAAUCCUCCAAGAAGUCCAGAAGUUAAGCGUAACAAAAAGAACAACCACGGCAAUAAUUUAAGCAGUCCCGAUACCGAAUGCCAUGAAAUGGAUGUCCUCAAUGCCAAAGCCAGUACAUCUUCUCCACUAUCGAAGGCAUUGAAGCAAACGAAAAAUGUUAUACUCAACAGCUUCAGCAAUAUGCACCUUUUCAAUGGCCACUCCGAAUCGGCGGAUUACUUUGAAAGUUCCCAUGUGGAGCUCAAACAAUAUCGAAUGAAUAGAAAUAAAUGGACUCACUUCACGGUUGCCGUUGAAAUGCUUAAUGACUCCCUGGAGAUGUGUCUGCACAUUGAUGGCUUGGAACAGUAUCGACUGUCCUUGCCUUUUCAAAACAUACGCUUGUUGACCCGAACCCACACAUUUCAGGCGAUUACCUUGGGCGAUGGCGUAAUCUCAAAAUCACCCAACAACACAAGUUGCACAGAAUCGCGCUCAACACUGGACAGUUUUCCCAUGCGCCUGUCCAUGACUAAUUUGAUACUGUUUAAUCGUUCGCUAACACUGAAGGAUGUCAUUCUCAAUCUGACCGCAAUGGGUCCAGAUUUUACCGAACUAACGCAAUGCCAAGUGGCCAAUAUGAAAGCCAACUAUGGUUAUUUAAAUUUUGCCAAGUUACAAUCGGCAUAUUUCUGCAAUUUCCUAGACUCAAUGAAGUUGCUGCGUGAAUCAAGAAUUCUGUGCUACUCGGCCUCCCAGCCCGAUGUGAUGAUGGCUUAUGACACAAGCAUUGAAUUGGAUAACGUAGCCUAUGGUCGUCCCUAUGGCAUAAUGCGUUUUGGCGAAUUUAUACGCAAUGAGUUGCAGUCAUUGCAAACAUCGACAAUACUUUGUGGUGGGCUAUCGAAUUUGCUGUACUUAUUUGCCAGGAUUGUCGAGGUAACUCCCAAUGCCAGCACACAAUCCAUGGCUUUGGACAUUCUACUUACAAUAGCACUUUCGGAAUCUCAACUAUACACUGAGUUUUUGCGCAAUGACUACAUCAGUCUCAUAGGCUAUGUCAUAAAGACCGAAAAAUGUAGCAAAGAUUGCCAACUGCUUAGGAGUAUUGUCAACAAUGCCUGUUCCCAGCCGCUGAUCGUAAAGAGGGGCGAUGUGCUGCAGAUCAAUGAAACAACUAUUGCUACUGUGGUAUAUCCCAAACUCCUGAUCUCGGUACUGCAUAGAUAUUCCGAUUGGCAUCGUUCUGGAGCUGAAAACUCUGACGUUUUGGACAUGCUCUUCCAAUGUAUUUUGGCCUUAACCAGGGAAAAACAUCCCCAGCGAGAUUUUAACAUUGAACAAUUGAAUAAGGAAGGUCUAAUGCGAGAACUUUUGAAUCUAUUCAAAGUGUAUGUCAUUGAGUCUCCAAAUCCGGUGUUCAUAUCCAAAAAGGCGGCCGAGUCUUUUGUAAAUAUAAUUUCCGUUUUUGCGGGUUCACCCCCUAAGCCAUUUUUGCUUGAUGAAAUCAUGAAAUUGUUAUGGUUGUUGCACAAACCCAGUGAGUGCUAUAUUACCCACGAUCGCUCAAAGUUUUAUUUUCUGCUCACCUCGGAAAAGCCGAUAAAAGAAAAAUCCUCACUAAGCUCGGCAACGAAUUUCGGAAGAAAUUUCAAACAGAAUUUAACAAAACGCUCUCAACCAGGAGUAGCCACACCAAUUGACAGUUCCUUGGCCAAACCAAAUUCAAAUUUGAGUUCCAACACAUCCAACAGUGAUGUGGACGCUGCCAGACAGGCUCGCAUAAAUCGCUUGAGAAGACUACACAGAAGUUUGUCCUCCUACAGAAGACCCAUAGAUGAUUUCGAGGAGAAUCUUGAUAAUGUUGCCGACUGCUCGAAGCUCAACAAAAGUGCUUUGCGCCUAAUAAAUCCUGCAGAAGCUUCAAAAUGGCGCUCCAAGUUUAAGAAACAGCAACAGCAAAGCACGCAUUUUGUCAGCAUAGCCACGCAAGCAAAACCAUCUCCUCUUAGAUUGCGUUCCAAAUCUGCGAUGUAUUCUCCCUAUUCUUCACCUCAUCACAAGAUUCGUCGUAGGCGAAUUCGCUUAAACAGCGAAACAUCAGUUCGUUCUCCAACAAUGGGGGAUAAAGAGAAAUGGAAUGAAGACAAUGGUCAGUCGUUAUCCGCCCCUCCAUUUAUUCUAACAUUUUCCGAUUGCCCUGGUUUCAAUGAAGUCUUUAAUUCUUCGAAGACAACACUUCAGCAGCAAAGAAAACACAAAAUGUUGACAAAGCCUGAUUCCUUUAGCUCAGUGGGUAUUGCAGCUUUGCAAAGUGGUCUGAUACUGUUGCUUAAAGAUUUUCUUUGCCUCUUGCCGGACAAUGACAUUGAUGAUGUUCUCCGCCAUUAUAUAAAAAUUGAAUUUCUACUAGUUUUGGCCAAUCAUCAGAGUCCACAUGUUCGAUCUUCGGUUAUCAAAUUGAUGAAUGCUCUGACACAACGUCUAUUUCCUCAGGACAUUCAAGCCUGCACCAAAGCCUACUAUCCACAUCAUUUGGCUAAUCAAUUGUCGAUAGGAUAUUGCGACUCUAACAUGUUUGAAUCUUGUUUGGAAUGGGUUUGUGACAAAAUGGGUUCGCUGCCAAAUCUACUAAAAUGUGAGGUAUCUCUGUCGAUACAACAGCGUUUCGGUCUUAAUUCAUUGCUGGCUAUCGCUUCAAAAUCGGUAGCCUCAAGCACGUGUCAAAGUAAUUUUAGUGCAAAGGCUUUUAAGGUGCUGAAAAAGCUAUACCUAACGGGGCCAGAUGAUCAACUAAUCAUGAUCGAUGCUGGGCUUAUACAGUGUUGCGUUAAAGCUCUGUAUUAUCUAUACUCAAAGACUACACCGUAUAACAUAAAGACUGAAGAAUCAAUUGGAGAUAUUUUAACAACCAUGGGUGAUAUAUCACUCAAAUCUAUGGGACAUAUUAAUAUUAUAUGGGACAUUGUAAAUGCGUUGUCUUUCUAUCAAGACAAACAACCACAAAAUAUCAUUAAAGGUUAUCGUUCUAUGUUGGCCAGGUUACUGCUGGAUUGGUUGAAAGAGUUUUUCGUAAACACUAAUGUACCCUGGAGGUUUAAAGUGCAACAAUUUCCCAACUUCUCAAUGUCGGAAACUAAAACCAGGCUGGAGUUAUUGAUCAACCGUUGCUGUCAGUUUUUUAUGAUCUUCAAUGAGAAAUCCACACCCACAGCUAAUGAAAUUGAGCUUUUCCAAAUGUUAGUCUCCUACAGCAUUGCCACCAAUCAGCGUUGCAAUAACUUCAUUGCAUGGGGCUUACAACCAUCACAUUCAAGGGACUUGCGCUCUUUCAUUGUGGACGCUUUGUGGAUAUCGUGCCACGAUGACUUUACGCCAAGUAUUAUCUGCGAUGGCAAAAUGAUCAAGGCCUUGUUGUGGCUGAGUCUUUUGGAAGAUUUGGAUGAGCCCAUUGCCAACCUGCAAAAGUUGUGCAAGCGUUUGGGUAUCAAUGAAAAUGACUCCACUUGGAAUUUGGAGAAUGAACUGCAGCGUAUUGAUGUACACAAAUCGACGGAGGUGGCAAAGCAAAAGUCUUUAUUGGAAAAAACUGUAUAUCGUUUUGAAGCAGUAGCACAGGGCUGCAUCGAAUCCUCCAUGAUAACGACGAGAAGGGUAGCUGAAUUGCAGAAUUCUGAGCGUAAGUUGAUAAUGACUCAUAUGAAGGACUAUGACGACACGCUUUACUACAACAAAUGGCUAGAAAUUGUCAGAAGAAUGACUCAUGAGGGUGCCCCUUGGUUCAGUGAACAUAAUUGUGAAAAUUCCUGGGAAUUGGAUCCCACUGAAGGACCCUCAAGGGUGCAUACACGUCUAAAACGCUGUCACCUAGAUCUUGAUAAACGUUUCUUUAUGCAAAGCUAUGAUGAGACAAAAGCUAGCAAACAACACCCAGAAUACUCUCGGCCUUUGGAAUACCUAAUAUCCAGUUAUGAUCAACAAUUAAACAUAUCAUUGAACUCACAAAUUCUCUAUAAUUUCCCAGCCAAAUAUCUGCCAGUGGAUGGGGAAAUUGAUGGUGAAAUCAUUGUGACUGACCAUAAGCUGUACUUUUUGGCUACAUAUCGUUGUAAAUAUUUUUAUGUUAACUGUGAUAUUUCGAAUAUAACGGAAAUUUGGCUAAAACGCUAUCAGCAUCAGGAGAAAGCCUUUGAGAUUUUUCUCGAUACAAACAAAUCGCUUUUCUUCUCAUUGCAUAAUCAGGAUGAUUGGAAAAUAAUGCGUGAAGUUUUCUGUGAUAAAAUUGUUGUGCCGCCGGAUCAAAAUAAGGUGCUGUUGAUUACACAACAAUGGCGUGAGGGUUUACUUACCAAUUGGGAAUAUCUGAUGACCCUAAAUCAGAUUGCUGGAAGAACAUACAACGAUCUCAUGCAAUAUCCCAUAUUCCCCUGGAUAUUGGCAAACUACACUACCGAUAUAUUGGACUUGACCGAGCCACAGAACUUCCGGAAAUUGUCUAAACCUAUUGCGGUGCAAAAUGAAGAAAAUGAACAGCAUUACAUAAAUAACUAUACGUAUAUAAAGAAUACCAUGACCAAUAUGGGCUCAUUGAUAUUGAAGCCAUACCACUACAGCUCACAUUAUUCAAAUUCAGGAAUUGUUUUACAUUUCUUGGUCAGAGUACCACCGUUCACGAGUUAUUUCUUACGGUAUCAGGAUAACAACUUUGAUCUACCGGAUCGCACAUUUCAUGACUUGAGCACUACAUUUUCUUUGGCCAGCCGAGAUUCUACCACAGAUGUUAAGGAGCUAAUACCGGAAUUUUUCUGUUUGCCUGAAAUGUUUGAGAAUUUCGAACAUUUUAAAUUCGGCUGCCGGCAAAAUGGCGAAAGCGUUGAGAAUGUCUCUUUGCCACCCUGGUGCUUGAAAGAUCCCAGGCUAUUUAUAAUGAUACAUCGCCAGGCAUUAGAAUCGGAAUUGGUGCGCAAUAAUCUACAUCACUGGAUAGAUUUGAUAUUUGGUUACAAACAAAUGGGCGAAGCUGCAGUGGAGGCGAUAAACGUGUUUCACCCUGUGACAUACGCUGCUUUCCUUGAGUCGGAUAUAGAGGAUCCCAUAGAGCGAGAAGCUGUCCAGACGAUGAUCAAAACAUAUGGCCAAAUGCCAAGACAAUUAUUUAAAACUCCCCACCCGCCUUCGAAACCUUUGGCCUAUCAGAAUGACAAACAAAUCGUUGCCAGUGUUCGCGGUCUACGUUGGGGUGUGUAUUUGGGUUCCCCACAAUUAUCUGAACCUGUAUUGGGAAAUACACAUAAGUUAAUAGGUGCUGAAUAUUUGCUCUCCUUCAAUAAUACCAAUGUGGUUUAUGGUUUACCGGCACGUUCCUGCGUAAUGCAAGGUGCCGAAUCAGAUACCUAUAAUGUGAUAUCCUGGGGAUAUGAUGAUCGUAUCGUCCGCAUACAGCCCUUGAACAAACUUCAUGCUAAACCCAAGAAUCUUUUAUACAACAGCACUUUCGAUGAUAUAACAGCAUGCGGCUGUGAUCCCAACUCCAAUGAGUUAUGGUUUGGUCACAAGUCCGGUAGGAUAUCGAUCUACAAAUGUUCAAGCGUUGAAGCAAGUUUUAAAACUGGCAAAAGUCGUCAAAGCUAUGUCAAGGAUAUACGAUUUUCAUAUAAUUCGGUCUUUCAUAAGAUAAUAAGCAAAGCUAUGGAUUCUGAAGUGGAUUUAACAUCAUCCACAGCAUCUGCAAAUUCGUUGAGUUCGGCUGAAAGUAACCUGCACAAAGAUGGAGCAGAUUUAAAUUGGUCUGGACCCACAGUAUUAGUACGUCAUACCGAUGAGAUAACAUGCAUUACACUAUCGGUGGAAUUUAAAAUUGCUGUAACAGCUGGAAAAGAUGGCAUAGCGGUUAUAUGGGACUUGAAUGAUUGGAGCUACAUUCGUACAAUUGAUCGACCAACGGCAGAAAUUCAUCAUUCACCGAUAACACUACUUACCAUCAGUCACACAUUGGGUGAUAUUGUGACAGUGCAUUCCUUGGCACAGCCACAACAAAAUCAAACGGAAAUAGACUCAUCAACGCCACACACAUCAAUGGCUUUCACAUCGUCAGCAGCACCCCUAGCACCGGUGGCAGAUGAAUGUUUUGAGGUCACUGAGGAGAAUUUAGAUGAUUUUGUGAAUGUCUGCAUAAAUCCAAAUGGUAAAUCCAUGUUGCGCUUGCACUCAGUUAAUGCCCGUUAUAUACAGCAUUUUGUGCAUGAAGAUCGCAUAACAGCUGUAUGUUAUUCCUACAUUAAGGAGGGAGUCGGUGUAAAUGUCAUUGCCACAGCAGUGGAAGGUGGCAUUGUACGUUUGUGGUCCAGCUGGAAUCUGAGCUUCAUCAUGGAAAUUGUAACGGGAAUAUCGAAUAUAAGAAGCCUCACCUAUUCAACACACCAACAUCUGGUUGUUCUAACCGAAAACUCCCACAUUCAAGUAUGGGAAACUAAGGGCUUGUAUGGCAAUUCUCCGAAAUUUCCCCAAAUCGCUUAUAAAUAGAAAACAAAAAGACUUUAUGUCACUGCAACAACGUAUAGCGCCAUGAUCCUUGCUCAUGUGCUCGUUGUUGGGUAUAAUCGAAUAAGGCAAAAAGAAUUUAGACAUACGCAUGCAUCUACAAUAGAAAAUAGCAUUAAUGAACAAACAAUCAUGUAAGCAGACAUCAAAUCAAUCUAAAAAGAAGGAAAGAACAAAAUUACGGAGCACUUUAAAGUGUAAUACAAUGAUUUUAGAUAACCCCAAAUAUAUAUAUAUAUACAGUA